CUCCUCAACAAGAAAGAAGACACAUGGCAGAAAUGCAAGAAUUUCAUUUUCUGCGCUGCUUGAAAACGGCACGUAUCUAGUUGCCCCGGUAUAUUCCUCUGUUUCGGUUGAUUAUCGAAAUCCUUAUGAUGUCAUUUCUGUUGGAAAAGUGAAGCUGUAUCUAACAACACUUGUUUUGUUUUGUUUUUGUUGGAAAAGACGAAAAAUAAGAUUCAAUUGAAGAUUAGAACGAGGACUUUGCUUUCCUCUAUGAUUUUCUUUUUUUGCAUUUGUGUUGAAGGUGAAUCGCAUACAUUUUGGAUUCGUGCCCUUUAUGUUAUUUUUGCUAAAAGGGAACUGGCAGGCGUGCUGAUUUGUUGUCAUUCCCACGUGAUAAAGAUAAUAACGGGUUCGCACGAGCUCACAGCGUAAGAAUAAAACUUGGAUCUAACAGGUGUGGAUCUGAUUUCAUCAAGUGUUUUCGGCUCGCCACACAAGGGUGGGUGCUCGACAUUAAGUGUCAAGUUAAUUUCCGAUUGGGCGGGUGGUGGACGUAUGUCAGACAUAUGCGCGCUGUGGGUGGGUGUCGGCGUGUUUGGGAAAAAAAGCCAGAGGGGAGUGCAGCGCUUCAGCGUGUGGAUAGGCAGAGAUAGGUGAUGGUUGGAGGAGCUGUAACUGGCGUCGGCCUCAACUCUCCAAAGCUGUAAGCUUUGGCUGGGAGUGGCGUGGCGCACCCUGCUCCUCCAGACUGAAAACCACCUGUAUGGAUGACCAGACCUCCAGCGUGAUCCUUCCGCACGCGUCAGCGGGACACAGGGGACGCAACGAGUCUGACAACCGGGGUUAUGCCGAGGAGAAGGGCGUCAUGACGGUGGAAAACAUGCUGGAGGAGUCCGCCGUGCUCUCAGCGCCUCACCUGUCGGUGGACAGAUAUGAGCGCAGUCGCCAGGGAUGCUGCGAGAGGGUGGUCAUCAACAUUUCUGGUUUACGUUUCGAGACGCAACUGAAAACUUUCAGCCAGUUCCCAGACACGCUAUUGGGGGACCCGAGGAAAAGGAUGCGCUACUUUGACCCACUGAGAAACGAGUACUUUUUCGACAGGAACAGACCAAGCUUUGAUGCCAUCCUCUACUACUACCAGUCAGGAGGGCGCAUACGGAGACCUGUUAACGUUCCCAUUGAUAUUUUCUCAGAGGAAAUCAGGUUUUACCAACUCGGUGAGGAGGCCAUGGAGAAAUUCCGCGAGGAUGAAGGGUUUAUAAAAGAAGAGGAGCGCAUCCUCCCCAAAAAUGAUUUCCAGAAGCAGGUUUGGCUUUUGUUUGAGUACCCUGAAAGCUCUGGGCCAGCAAGAGGGAUAGCCAUCGUUUCAGUGCUUGUUAUUUUAAUUUCAAUUGUUAUUUUCUGUAUGGAGACUCUGCCGGAAUUCCGGGAUGACAGAGACCAAGCCACAGUGGCACCCGCAGUUAAUGGCACUGCUCCCUUCACGUCAAGUCCAUUCACAGACCCUUUCUUUGUCAUCGAAACGUUGUGCAUUAUAUGGUUUUCUUUCGAGUUGCUGGUCAGGUUUUUUGCCUGUCCCAGCAAAACGACCUUUUCCAAAAACAUAAUGAAUAUCAUUGAUAUCGUCGCCAUAAUCCCCUACUUUAUCACUCUGGGGACAGAGCUGGCCGAGAGGCAAACCAACGGCGGUCAGCAGGCGAUGUCGCUCGCCAUCCUGAGGGUGAUAAGAUUGGUGAGGGUCUUUCGUAUUUUUAAGCUCUCCCGACACUCAAAAGGACUUCAGAUUUUGGGACAGACCCUCAAGGCCAGCAUGAGGGAGCUUGGCUUGCUCAUAUUUUUUCUUUUUAUCGGAGUUAUUCUCUUCUCCAGUGCAGUUUACUUUGCAGAAGCAGACGACCCCACUUCAAGUUUCUCCAGCAUACCAGAUGCGUUUUGGUGGGCAGUUGUCACCAUGACCACAGUUGGUUAUGGGGACAUGCAUCCGGUCACUAUUGGUGGUAAAAUAGUGGGCUCUCUGUGCGCAAUAGCAGGCGUGCUGACCAUUGCCUUACCCGUGCCAGUGAUUGUGUCCAACUUCAACUACUUUUACCACAGAGAGACUGAUGGAGAGGAGUACCCACAGUAUCACACUACAGGUAGCUGUGAGCACCUCCCCUCAGAGGAGCUGAGGAGGUCGUGCAGCUCCUCAUCUCUCAGCAAGUCAGAGUACAUGGUGAUAGAGGAGGGCAUCAACAGUGCGUUCAAACAACCCAACUUCACCACCGAAAACAACCAGAACUGCGUGAACAUCAAAAAGAUCUUCACGGACGUGUAAAUGAACCCCGCCAUGGAUCAUUUAUGAAGCAUGAUGAGACAGUACCUAUAAUAUUUUUAUAUAGCCACUCGUAACGUGUCAGUCCAUAUCUGUGGAUGAAAGCUGUAAACUUCUGUUUUAACAAGGUAUUAAUCUUUAUUUUAUUUGCACCAAAGCAAAUGGAAACGAUACAAAAAUACUUCAGUGAAGAUUUUUCUGUUUUCAGUGUUUCUCCGUGAUCAACAAGUAUUAACCUGAGCAAAAAAAAGAAAAAAAAUCACGCACAGAAAAAGUGUUUGCUUCAAAUCAGAGGAAAUAAUAACAAUAAAAAAAAGCUUGUUAAAACAGACAUUUUUCAGCGUAUAAAGCCACACGAUGCCUACAUAUCUUGAUGUUAUAAUGCGACCGUUGUUGGUGUUCAUGACUGGGAUAGACGUGUAGCAUAUAGUCUUCUACUGAAUCUACCCACCAGUCCAAAAACGACGUCUUGUGCUUCGUGGAAAUCAAUAGACUAUGGUAAUUUAUAUAGCCCAAUGCCUGUUUCGGUUAUAUUUAAUAUCAUAACCUGUCCACAUGUUGUUCGGAUUAUUAUUCAGGUAAUAAAAACGCAGAGUGCUGUUAAUGGAAACGCUUAUCAUAAAAUAUGAGUUGAGCUUUUCGUACAGUGUAUUUUAAUUCAGAACUGCCUAUAUAGCCUAUAUUGAAUAAAACUCAAAUGAACUGACUCAGGUCCCACCUGUCACUCGUAUAUUCUUUAGAAUAAAUGUGCUGCAUCUUAGCAAACUUUGUCCAAAGCGAGCAGGAGGAGCAUGAAAACAAGAAAACUGUGAAUAAUUGUGUGAUUGAGGUCAUGUGCGCAGUGAUGACAGAAUGGAUAAAGGGAGGUAGAACGCGCGGCGCAUCGCCGCCUUCCGCUUGUUGAACCGCCUUGUGAUGCAGUCUCCAUGGCUACGGUGGUUUCCUGGGUAACCCCCUCUCAUGCUUCCGUGGCAUUGUGUUGCAUCUUCACAAACUGUUGUUUUGCUUUCUUGUCCUUGGAGGGGAAAAUGGUGCAUAUUAUUUUGGGUUGGGUUUGGCGAUUCAUCGCUUCCCUUAAAGAUGGUUGAGGCAGAAUCAACCAAGCAGCAGUAUUACUGUAACUAUUUAGGGAAAAUGAAGCCCACAGCUUCAGAUUACAUGAACACAAUGAAAGGCUACAGUCUCACUGUAUUACUGAAUGCUGCUCUCUUUUUCAGAUGUAAAAGCGCCAUUAUGUGAGCUGGCACACCAACGGAUGUCAGCUGCCUUUCAUCUCCCACCUGCAGAACUGUGCACGUGAGCUUUUUGGUACAGUGUAGCUAAACAGAAAGCAAAACUCCAGUCAGUCCAACAAUUCGUUACAGAUUAGCAUUUUCUCUAAUAAUACAUGAGUGUUUGCAUCAUAAAUGAGAAGUUUACAAAAGUUCAGUUACAAAAGUUGACUUUGCUUCUGUUAAUUUUAGAGCUGAGUUGUAGUUCUUUUCAUAUAGAUUCACUUGUUGAUCAUUUUCUAUAUUAAAUGAUUAAUGAUUUAAUCUUUAGAAUAGCAUAACUAAAAUGUGACACCUUAACAUUUAAAGGCCGAUUUUUUUUAGCAAAGGUAUGAAAAAUAUAUACAUUGGCUAAACAAUCUUCUCAUAAAAAUUUAACAUCUAAUUAUUUUUAUUUGGAGGAUCUGGAGCUCUCUCAGUAUCAUGUAAUUGGCAUCUUUAAUAUGUACUGGGACAUCACACUAAAAGUCACCAUUUUCAUCAAGUGCGUCAUGUAUCAUUAAGUACUUCACUUGUUUGUAAGGCCUCUGAACAGUCUGUGGAGUCAAUUUUGCUUGAUUUCAAAAUUGAUGCGUGGUGUGGAACCUUGAUAGACGAAAUAGACCUGUAAAUAGCUCAGUACUGCCCUCUAGUGGCUCAGUACAAUUGUUGCUUUCAGGCAGGGCUUAAACAUUGAACUUGGAAGAUAGAGUCUUGAGGGGUGAAUAUGUGGUAUAUGGUGCCUUUAUACACAUUUAAAGAUUUGUCAAAUAGUCAGUGUGUUCUUUUGACCAGCUUGUAUGUAAUAUUGUCCUCUCACAGCAUUUUUAACAAUUUUAAAAAAAAUCAAAAAAACCUUUUGAACGUUUUGUAUCUGUGACUGGUUUUGAUUAUGGGUUUUAAGCCCCAGUACCCUUACAAAAUCUUAAACAAGUCUAUUUAUGUUUAUGUUUACUGGAGAUUUAUGGAAGUUUGUCAUAAGAGACUUUGAUCUAUCAGAUGAAGAACCGAUCCCAAAAAAGAAGUAACUUCAUUAAAGGUUUAAAUUUAUGGUGCCUUUUUCUCUGUGAAUGAAAUAAGAAGCAGUAAAAAAUCACUUUAUUAGGUGGCUGACAGCACGUAUCUGGAAUUUAAAUGCAGAGCCACUAUUUUAAGAAGAUUAAAUGUUUUUGCUAACAUUUUUAGAAACAUUAAUAUUCAGUUAUAUAUAUUUAUGACUGAUUACAGGGGUGUUAUUUCCAUUUUUCCAUACACUAGCAUAACAUAAUAAAUUUAAAGGUUUAAUCAUCUUUUGUAUAAAGUCAACACUAAGACCUCAAGGCUAUAUUCACAUCAUCUUGUCAACAGACAUUGAAAAUGAUAGGCCUUAUAAAAUUAGACUUUAUGGUAAGAACAAUAAUUUAUUGUCAUUGAAGAAAUUUAUUGCCUUCAUGUUAUCUGCAAACUCUUUUUGUGGCAAAGUGAGGAAGAAUCACUUACAAGUACUUUGUAUGUGCAUCUAUGGAUUAUAUUCAAUCUGUGGAAGAUAAAAAUAUUAUUUUUGCUGAAGACAAAAUUGUGAAUCUAGUAAUGAUUAUUGUUAUUUUUACUAUUGUUACACGUGCACCGCUGAGGAAGAUACAGUGUCUUGUCCUAGAACCAGCAAAUGUGACCAUCUGGGAUUUGUCGUGCAGGUCAGGAAACUACUUUAAAAUCCAGAGGCGUCUAGUGUGACCCAUAAUUCUCAUGUUUCCCAUGAGACAAAGAGAAUUACAGUUUGCAAGCUAGAGCUAGGGGAAAAAAGGAAAAAAAAACUUUGCACAAGCACUAAAAAGGACACCAAGGUUACUUGAAAUUGACUUUGCAGUAUCCUAUCCUGUUUCCGGACUGUUGCUUUUAAAGCCAUAUCUUGUGUUCCCAGUGCAGCAUUGAAACAAAUAAACAAAAUGAUGAAACAUUAACCAAGAAAAAGCAAAGGGAUGUAACAAUAGCCUUGUGAAAUGCCUUUCAGAAAGGUUGCUAUGAUUAUAUCAUGAAAUUGAUAUAUUCCUGCUUGUAAUGUUUUCUAAAGGGAUCUACAAAAGUAUUUCUUUGUAAUGGUGUUAUCACAGAAUUGACUGAAACCGCCUGGGUAUCAUAAAAUUUGAUCCAUGUUAACAAGUUAAUUUCUCUUCAAAGCCGUUGUUAGAGAUUUCACAGAAACACAAGUACAAAUGUGUAACAAACGUGAACCUAACAUCUGAAAAGGUACAGAAACCUACAGAUGACUUAAAGUCACCUUAAACAUACUUUAAAGUAAGGUGGCUUGGUUUAACCAUUAGACACUUCUUUGCUGAGUUUUCUGUUUUCUCAGUUCUGCAGACAAGACACCAUGUGUCCUGCAGCUCCAGGUGCAUUGCCUCAGAACUGCUGAGUGGUUUUGUACCUUCUCUUUCCCCCUUCUUUAAUGUAUUUUUAACCAGGAGAAAAUGAAACGAUGCUUGUGAUUUACCCACUACCAUUAAUCAUCUACAAAGCUCGACAGCUGUGCUUGCAAGAUACAUCUCCAGUACAACAUAUCUUCUAUUAAUGUUUUGGUUUUGUGAAAGGUAAGAACGACAUUAGAGAUUAUCUUAUUAGGAGAUUGGUGUUGUUAUGCUCUAAAUUGAUAAAACACUGGAUUGUUCAUUUCUGCAUUUAGAGCUAAGAAUAUAGCAACAUGACAACAAAUACAUAAAGAUUAACAUGUCAACCUAUUUAUUUACAAUUCAGGACCUUUUUCAAUACAUGUCGUACUUUUGUACUUUUUACUUAAAUGAAAUGUAAAUGUAAGAAUUAAAAUCCAAAUAAUUACUCAUCCUUAAUGUACACUUAUGGCUUUGAUAUAUGUGCCAAGUUGUGUCACUUCUCCUCUGUGGAUGCCCAUGUGGUUGGAAUGAGCAUGCUGGAGUACUCCACAGCUGUAACAUAGUGAGAGCUGGUAUACCUCAGUGCACUCAGUAGUGGGAUCUUGGUCAUUAGAAAAAAAGAAAGCACUGGGGAGGGGAAGGUGCAUACACUUGAGCUUACAUGCAUAGUACACAAACACACACAGACAGAAAAUCGCAGACAGCUCCACAGCUGGUUCUCUCCGACUCUGCUGCUGCAGGUGGAUUCAAAGAUGCAAAUCCAGGAUUGUGUUCAGUUCUGGGUGGGGGGUUUGGAGGAGACCUGUUUGGAGCUUCCCUUUUCUCUCAUCUCUUUGCUGCCCUCAUCAUGCCAACAUUCUCCACAUGAGAGGAGUCAUGCCUCACAGCAGCGUGCUACCUCUGAUGAUACCCAGCAUGCCAACAUGGGGAGUGUCUGCCAGGAGAGCUGCCUCAUGUCAUCCUUGAACUUUACAGAAGCACCCAGAUGAGAAAUGGCGGUGUCCGUUACAAUUACUCACAGCACUGGACAUUUUCCUUCCUGCGCUGAUGAUAUGUUUUUUAUAGUACGGUAUUUGCCCUAAAACUGUAACUCAGUGUUGCCAAAAAUAGAAACUAUGAGACAUAUUGCCAUUGUUUCUCUCGGUGCCAUUCAUCCAUCUGCUCUUUUGAGAACACAUAAUGGCACUCUGGGGGCUAUUCAUAAAGUUCACUCUUCUGCAUCAAGACUCAGUGUUCAGAGCUUUCAGUGAGACAAGGAAAAGCCCAGAAAGCAUAUUAGAGAAAGCAUACGUAUAUCCAUCCCCCCACAGGCCACACAGAAAGCUAGGAGUCAAAGUACUGUAGUGUAAUGUAGGGUACUGCACCAUAUGCUGUAAAACAUGCACCAGAUGUGAAAGUGUGAAACAGGAAAGGUGGAAAAUACAGACUUCACACUUUUCCUAAACACAUUUAUAUUUAACUAAUCCACCUGACUGCAAGUGGAUAAAAUGUGCUUUGUCAUCAUGCUGUAACUUUACCUGAAAUAUCUUGUUGGCACCAAAAAUGCUGUAGUGAUGUCACAGUCCAAAUCCUCCCUCUGCUGCCCCUAGAAAUGGUUUCUGUAGCAACCGUAGGAGGCUGUGCAAACGAUUCACCCAGCUACAGCGACAAUGCUGACUUGGGACAAUUUCUUCUGGUAUUGAUACUAUUUCUAGGAUUGUCCUUAUCUCAACAUAUCUAUGAUGAAUUAGAUCAACAAAGAAUAGUCACGUCUGAGUGAGGUUCGAAGUUUGAAGCACUGUGACCCUGGAAACUGUGCAGCCCUGACUCACCGCUCAGGUGUCCUGUGACUCAGAGUGGCUGCUGCAUCCCUCAGCAGCAUUGUCGACUGCAGACCAGACUCCUGCUUAAGGCAGGGGCACAUGUUUUGGUUCACUUGCAAACAAAAACCAGGGCAUUGCAUCAUCAGUGACAUAGUAGCUGUCACUGUAAAUCCCACACAUCUGAUAAUGGUCACCUGUGCUGCACUUUUUGUCAAGCACUGGAAGUCAGACAUUAAUACACAUGUUUUUUAAAAAGCAAAUUCUUUCAUGCACCGUUUCAACUUUUACAAAAAGGAUGCAAAACCUCACUUUAGCAAAAUAUUCAAGGGUGGAUAACAAAGUAAUGACUUUGAUUUACAGAGCCUUCCUGUGCAUGUAAAAGAAAGCUUACAUUUACUGACAUAAAGUUUUAUUUUUACCC